GAUUUUUAUUUUUCAGACAGGGUCUCACUUUGUAGUUCUGACUAUCCUGGAACUUACUAUGUAGACCAGGUUGGCCCCAAACUCCCAGGAUCUGCUUGCCUCUGCCUUCCCAAAUGCUAAGGGUAAAGACGUGUGCCAUAAAACCCAGACCUUUUAAAAUGUUUUCAUUUUCAAACUAAGUUGGCCAGGCUGGCCUUGAACUCACUCUAUAGCCUAGACAAGCACUGGUGUAUGAUCCUGCUUCCUCAGCCUCCACGUAGCUGCAAUUACCAGAUCCAGGCCUGUCUCUUCCCACUUAGUUUUAGUUUAAUUCUCCAGGGCCUUGCCAAUCCCUAUCCUAUGGCCAGGUCUUGCAUGAUACGGUUCUGGUUUCGGUUUUAUGAGACAGGAUCUCUAUAUGUUGCCCUUGGAAAGCUUCUAUGAGGACUUGGGGAAGGAAGAGGUUAUGUCAUUGUAUGAGUUUUGGGCUUCCACCCUUCUCUCUAAGAUGCUGACUCCUAUCUGUAGCAAAGACUCACACCCCCUUGGUCACAGCUGCGUGUCAACCAGCCCUGCAGGUGAAGGCGUACACUAUUGACUCAUAGAAGCUCAUGUGAGCCCUGGGGCUUGAGGGGACAUUUUUCACUUGCUUUCUGUUCUAGACACUCCCCGAAAGCUUUGCACGGUGGCGUGCAACUGUAAUCCCAGCAUCGAGGAGGCUGAGGCCAGAGGAUCAUAGCAAUUUAGAGGCCAGACUCAGCUACAUAGUGUGAUCUUGUCUCAAGAAAUGAAAAGUAGGCCUGGAGAGGAGGCUCAGUGGGUAGGAGUGUGGACUACUCUGGCAGAGGACCUGAGUUUAGUUCCCAGCAUCCACAUGGGCCCAUCUGUAACUCCAGUACCAGGGGACUCAACAUCCUCUCCUGCCUCCCAAAAACACCCAGAAUUGCACAUGGUGCACAGACAUGCAGGCAGGCAAAAUGCUCAGACACAUAAAGUAAGUACUGUUUUAAAAGAAAGAGAAGGCCCAGUUUGUGGUAGAUGCUGUUCCAGAUGCUGAGACACAGCUGUGGGCCCAGCACCCUUCCAGAACACACAGUCAGUGAGGGUGACAUGCAACAGGACCUCAGGAGGUGCUGGGCACAGGAAGACUCCAAGGAGAACAGGCCACCAACAGGAAGACAUGACUUAGUGGUUGCUUUAAGACUAUGAAACUACACGAGAGCUGGCUCAGCAGGUAACGGGUGAUUGCUGUGAAGCCUGAGGAACGGAGUUCAAUCCUGGACUCAUGGGACGGCAGGAGAGAGCCAACUCUCACGGAGUGUUCUCUGGCCUCCACACAGAGAUGUGGGGGGAGAAUAAAUAAAAUUAAAUUAAAAUAACCCCAGGGGCUGGGGGUGUGUCUCAACAGAAGAAAACUUCCCUCGCAUGCCCAAAGCCCUGGGUUCAAUUUCCCGCAAAAAAAGGAGGGACAAAAAAGGGAAAAAAUUGGGGGAGUGAGGGGACCGGGUGUGUUUGUCACCUGUGCUUCCUAGAUACUGCAGAGAUGGGUUUGUUCUUAAUAAUUUCUAUUUUUUAUUUUACGUGCAUGGGUUCCUGCCUGAAUGUAUGUCUGUGUAUACCGAGGCCUGUGGAGGCCAGAACGGGGAAUCAGAUGCCCUGGGACUGGAGUUACAGAAGGUUGUGGGCUGCCAUGUGGGUGCUGGGAAUCGAACCGAGGUCCUCUGAAAGAACACUGAACAGUUUUAACCACUGAGCCAUCUCUCCAGUCCCUUGUUUGUUUGUCUGGAUACAGGGUCUCACUAUGUAGUCCAGUCUGGCCCCAAAUUGGCCUUUAAUAAUUUAUUUAUUUGGCCUUCUUAAAAUUGAACAUCUGUGCCAACCCAGAGUCAGCACCCGCCCCAGCUCCAUUUCUUCAACAGCGCAGAUAGCCAGAACAGUUGUUAGCACUUCUGUGCCUUAAGGUAUGUGUGGGCAGGAGUGAGGUUCCAAGGCAGAGCACAUGAUUAGCCUAUGUGAAAACCUGGAUUCAAACGCCAGGACCCUCCUCCACUCAGCCAAGGGUAAGAACCAAGGCGUGCACAUCAGAUGGGUUACACGUUUAAUAUAAUAGAAAAUGUGUUAGAAACAGCUAAGUGCCGUGACUCAACCUCAAGCUAAAACUUAAAAAUAAUACUUUGGUUUUUUGGGUUUUUUUUUUUUUUUUUGGUUCUUUUUUUCAGAGCUGGGGACCGAACCCAGGGCCUUGCGCUUCCUAGGCAAGCGCUCUACCACUGAGCUAAAUCCCCAACCCCUACUUUGGUUAUUUUUAAUGUAUCUUGUUUAUAAAUGUGUUUUAAUAUUCUACUGAUUUAGGUGAGUGCAUAGGACUGGAAAGGAGGAGCAAGUCCCAAGCUUGGAUAUCUCAAACACUGAGACUAGAGUCUCAUCCUGAGACCCGAGGGAGUGGAGAGAACUCUUUCCCCAUUUCCGUUCCUGCCUCCCAGAGCACGUAACCAUAACCCUGAGGCCUCCAACCCGGUCGUCACAGGUAGUCAGUCACAUAGCACAGCAGCUGGUUCAUCCCCACGCAAAUGAGAUAGCUCAGUAGCCUCGGCCUUUAACCAAUGACCCUUUCCCCCUCCCUGGAUAUUCUCAUGCCCUUCUCCAAAACUAUAUAACUCUUGGUUCACCCAAAUAAACUGUAUGUGUUCAAGGCCACUCCAAAUAAAGAAAUAUGAACAAGCUAAGUCAUCUUAGAUGGCUGCUUCACCUAGAAGAGUCAUAGCACUAAGAUUCUUGGAGAAGCGCCCCCCCCACACACACACACCCUGAAGGAGACAGUAGAAGACACAGAGCCACAAUAUUCAUUCCUGACCCCCUCCCGCCCUGGUGGACAUCUGAUGCCCUGGAGGGAAGAGGCAGACUGCAGACCCAUUCCAGACAUCAGAGUCCAGAUACCCCCAGGAGGAGAGACAGAAUCUGGGACCAACAGGGACUUAUGGAGGCCACACGAAGGUGUCAGUGAUCCUGGAGCUGGAGUCACAUGGGUCGUGAUCCACUGCAAAGCAGUAUUGGGAUCUGAACUAGUGUUAUCUACGGGAGCAGCAAAGGCCCUUAGCCACUGAGUCAGAACCCCGGGCAGAAGCAGAACACAGUGGGGGUAGUGUGUGUGUGUGUGGGGGGGGGCUGCAGGUCAUCUGGCGGAAAUAGUUACAUCGUUUUUGUGGCCUAAAACGGAAGCCACAAUAUUAGAAAGCGUUUUAUUUAAAACUUUAAAUAACUACAGACUAUUUGAAAGAUUCAAAUUAUUGAGUAAAAAAUGAAAACUAGUGGAAAUUUACUUUCCUUAAAAAAAAAAAAUGUGCAAGGCAAAUGUGUUUUAUUUAUGGACUGAACGAGCUCUAUGUUAAACACAGGACUGAAGACAGUUCAGCUGGUUACUCCAUGCUCGAUAAGCUCUGAAUUCAGUCCCCAAGACCCACAUAGUAAAUGGAAGGAGCUUACUCCUCUAACCACAUGUAUGAGGGUGCGCACGCGCGCGCGCGCGCACACACACACACACACACGCACACACACACACAAACAUUAAUGUAAUUUAAAAUUUUAAAAAUGUGUCCCACUUGAAGUCAAUGGGGCCCCACCCUUGGAGGUAUUCCUGUUGAGGCUGGAUCUCUCCUCUUGCUUCUACAGUGCUGCAUACUACAGGCUGGCUGGCCCACAAGCCUUUUAAGGACUGCAGAGAAUGCUAUCACAUCUGACUGUGCAUGUACGUGUGUGAAUAUGUGCACACCCAUGUGUAUUGCUAAUUCUAUUUUUUAUUUUUGUUGUUUUUAUUAUAUUUAUAUAUUAUUUUUGAGGAUUCCCUAUAUGCAUGUUUUGAUCAUGUCUAUCCCGACCUGACCUCCCACUCCUCCCAGAUCCCCUCUACCUCCCACACUCUACCAAUUUCAUGAAAAAUUUUAAACUUUUUAUCUUCUAUAUAAGUAGUUUUGUCUGCACUUGUGUGCGACGCGUGGGCGCAGUGCAUAAAAAAGCCAGAAGAGGGCAGUAGAUUCCCUAGCUCUGUAGAUACAUAUGGUUGAAAACCAUCACGUGGGUGCUGGGAGCUGAACUGCAGUCAGCUGGGAAAACAGCAAGUGCUCUUACAGGGUGGGCCUUCUCUCCAGCCCAGGGUUCUCCUCUAUGGAUUUGUUUAAUUUUACCCCACAAUGAUUUGUACUGCUAAUAAGAUUCACAGGACUGGGGUCACCCAUUCCUGUUCAGUUCACAAUGCUAAAUGAAAACCAACUCUUGCUUUCCCAGGAGCCAUCACUGUCAACAGCUCCUGAGCUGAGCCCCUCCCCCGCCCGAGAAUGUUGACUCCCUUGGUCUUGGCUAGGAACCAGGCCUGCUGUGAGUUCUGUGGCACAGAUGUCCUGUCAUGUUCAGAGGAGGCCUUUUUGUUGCUGUCCUCCCGGACCUGUGGAUCUUACAGUAUUUCAUUCCUCUCCUCCAUCUUGUGAUCAGACCACCUCCACCUCCACCCAAGGUUGAGGAGCCUCCGCCACCCAAGGAGGAGCCGCCGCCACCGCCACCACCGCCUCCUCCACCCCAGAUAGAGCCAGAGGAGCCUAAAGAGGCUCCACCUCCACCUCCACCUCCUCCACCCCCUCCCCCUCCCCCUCCUCCACCACCCCCAAAGCCAGCUAAAGAGCUAACAGUGGGCAUCAAUGGAUUUGGACGCAUUGGUCGUCUGGUGCUACGAGUCUGCAUGGAGAAGGGCGUUCGGGUAGUAGCAGUGAAUGACCCAUUCAUUGAUCCAGAAUACAUGGUGUACAUGUUCAAAUAUGACUCCACACAUGGUAGAUACAAAGGAACGGUGGAACAUAAGAAUGGACGACUAGUUGUGGACAACCUUGAGAUCAACGUGUUCCAGUGCAAAGAACCUAAGGAAAUCCCCUGGAGCUCUGUAGGGAAUCCCUACGUGGUGGAAGCCACAGGUGUAUACCUGUCCAUAGAGGCGGCUUCGGGGCACAUUUCAUCUGGUGCCAGGCGUGUCAUCGUCACUGCACCUUCCCCCGAUGCACCCAUGUUGGUCAUGGGUGUGAAUGAGAAGGACUAUAACCCUGGCUCCAUGACCGUUGUCAGCAAUGCAUCCUGUACCACCAACUGCCUGGCCCCCCUCGCUAAGGUUAUUCACGAACGCUUCGGGAUCGUGGAAGGGCUAAUGACCACCGUCCAUGCCUACACGGCCACUCAGAAGACAGUGGACGGGCCAUCAAAGAAGGACUGGCGAGGUGGCCGAGGUGCCCACCAGAACAUCAUCCCAUCUUCCACUGGGGCUGCCAAGGCUGUAGGCAAAGUCAUCCCAGAGCUCAAUGGGAAGUUAACAGGAAUGGCAUUCCGGGUGCCAACCCCAAACGUAUCAGUUGUGGACCUGACCUGCCGCCUGGCUCAGCCUGCUUCCUACACUGCUAUCAAGGAGGCUGUGAAAGCAGCAGCCAAGGGACCUAUGGCUGGCAUCCUUGCUUAUACAGAGGACCAGGUGGUCUCCACGGACUUUAAUGGCGAUUCCCAUUCUUCCAUCUUUGAUGCUAAGGCUGGAAUUGCCCUCAAUGACAACUUCGUGAAGCUUGUUUCCUGGUACGACAACGAAUAUGGCUACAGUCACCGGGUAGUCGACCUCCUCCGCUACAUGUUUAGCCGAGAGAAAUAAAGGCCCCUCCUUGCUCCCCUGCGCACCUCGCGUACCUGCCUUCGGCUCCCCUUCAAAAGAGGGCGCACUUCGCGCUGCCGCCGGGUCAACAAUGAAAUAAAAACCAGAGUGCGCACA